AUGCAAUUGGCGGGCGGGCACGUCGCCGUCACGGCCCCGAACGACAUCACAAGGGUCGCAUCGGUCGGCGCUAAGGCUUGCCAUGAGCGCGCUCGAGAUGCUCUGGCCAUCGAGUACCGUACGAAGCAUGACCCCCCAAGGCUUGGCUUGGCCGCUUUACCGAACUGCCUCUUCGGUCGCAUUGACGGGACCAAGGCCAUCAUCCCCUCGCCGCUCUCGCACCAACGCACCGCGCUUCUGGGCGCAAACCCACAUCGUAGCGCUCCAGCCGGCUUGCAAGCAGACGGGUUGGCUUGCGAGCGUGCGCUCGACUUGCUCUCACAGGGGAACGGGGCGCCGAUCCGGACCGCGCCUGGCGAUGCGCCCCGUGUGCGCGGGUAUGGCCUCUAUUGGCAGCUUGUCAGUCUGUCGCCUGCCGCACGUGGGUGCCCAUGGGAUGUCCAAUCUGCUCGGCCUCGACGCGACUCGUUAUCUGUCGGCAACCGGACUGCCAAUCUUUGCCGCGGAAGAGACCUCGGGAGCCACCGCGUUUCCGAUGGUAUAAGACACGACGACAUCCCGCCCCUGGGAUGA